AUGAAAUUUCCACCGCAACCGGCAACAGUCUACGAGCUGGACCAAUACGGCAACCAGGUGCUUCACAGCAAGGCUUCUGCGACUAGGGACCGCAUAUCGAAGAGAAACCCGACACCAUAUUCCUUGAAUGGAACUCAGCACAGGUCUAGAAAAGCUCAGGACUGGAUUCAGGGCAAGUCCACGUGCAGCGGCUCGUUGAAUGAGAUGGUCAGGGCCUAUGGUCAGAACCCGACGUCUCACAUGACUAUCUUCACUAGUAGCCAGGACACGGAUUCGGAGCGUAACGAAGUUCCUGGAUGUCGGUUCAGAAAGGUUUCUUUCCUUGACGAGACGAAAGUAAUUGGUUUCAGUGCAAUGAAUGGUAACCAACCGUGCAUUCACUUGACCGCGUUUAUUACGAAAAACGAUGAAUAUCACAUGGAUCCGAAAAUCUACGUGGAGCAACGUAUUUACGAAGGCAUGCACGAUAAGAUCGUUGUCCAUGAACUUUCUUUUGGCGGCAGAAUUCAAGUUGACAAGGAGUAUGUGUUUCGGGCCUGCGGCGACGAGGAUAGAAUUUUGGGAAAGCGUGAUUUGAGGCUCCGCAUCGUAUCGCUUGAGCAGGAAAGCUUUGAUAACUACCUACGGGGUCACACGACUUACUACGGCUAUGAUAUCAAAGACUACAUAUAUGUGGACGAUGAGAGCAUUUCCAAGGAGUCCCCGCAUACGGCGUGGCGAAACAUGAGCCACGCACCUUACAAGAUAUCCUUGAAUGCGAAUGAUUUGGAAAUUCUUCGCAAGGCCAAGCAGGAGGACCGGGAAACGGUGGACGUAUUAUCGGGUGAGGAUAUCGAGCUUUUUCGACUGCAUUUCGCUGGAGCGGGACAUACUACCGAAGAUAAGAUGAGCGCUGGUGAUCUUGAUCUCCGUGUUAUCUAUAGACCUUAA